AUGUCAUCUCAUUCCAGAAUCCAGAGUGCCGGACAGUCGAUCAGCACGUACCCAGCCGUCAAUGUACCAGAGCUCUCGCCGGAAGGUGCCCUUUCGUCAUCGGAUGAUGACUACCACAGCGACGACAACUGUUAUCCUCCUUCGUCAGCGAUCAUCACCCCAGCGCGGAGGGAGACAGGUAAGAGUAAGGGUGGGUCUGAUCGAAGACGAUCUAGCCAUCUGAGUGGCUCUGUGCGCUGCGAGUUUAAUGUUACUCCCAUCGCUGAGUUAGGCGGAAGCGCACCUGAAACUAGGCAUCCAUGGAUUCUGGCUUUUCGGCUGAUAUUGAGGCUCGCCAUCGCUAAGGCACGCGUGACUAUUUUGGAGUAUAAGGCAGCCGGGAACAAGAGGCAGAGGGCGAAGGAGGACCUGUUGGUAAUCGACCUGAAAGUAUGA